CUCUUCCUGCUCCACCGCAGAAGACUGAACGAAAACAAAAUGCGAUAGUUUAACUUCACCGAUGAGCUGUGAUCAAUGACAGCGUUAUUAACGCUUCUCGGCAUAUUUCACUGACUGUAUAUUUAAAUGUCACAUUUCUGUACCUGAGGCUUUGGCAGAAAUUCAAACUUAACCAUGCAGUUCUCUCCCACCAACGGAGAUUUUAUGUUCGUCUCUUCGACAGAGGCUGAAGAGCUCAGCGGCACCAUCAAUGCCCCGGAUAUUAAGCUAAACGUGGGCAGCGAGAGCGGUAAAGAUCCAUAUGCCACCACCUUCCUGAGGCAGCGAGGCUACGGCUGGCUGCUGGAGGUAGAGGAGGAUGACGACGGUGAAGAGAACAAACCUCUUCUGGAGGAGCUGGACAUCGACCUGAAGGACAUCUAUUACAAGAUUCGAUGUGUGCUGAUGCCAAUGCCAUCACUGGGUUAUAACCGGCAGGUGGUCCGAGACAACCCGGACUUCUGGGGCCCCCUAGCCGUGGUGCUCCUCUUCUCCAUGAUCUCCAUCUAUGGACAGUUUAGGGUUGUGUCUUGGAUCAUCACCAUCUGGAUAUUUGGAUCACUAACAAUCUUCCUGCUGGCUCGUGUUCUCGGUGGUGAGGUUUCCUUCGGCCAGGUUCUUGGAGUGAUCGGAUAUUCCCUUCUUCCUCUCAUCGUUAUAGCCCCUCCGCUCCUAGUGAUCAGAGGGUUCGAUGUGGUUGCCACACUAAUCAAACUGUUCGGAGUGUUCUGGGCUGCUUACAGUGCUGCGUCACUGCUCGUCGGAGAUGAAUUUAAAACGAAGAAGCCCCUCCUCAUCUAUCCCAUUCUCCUUUUGUAUAUCUACUUCCUGUCAUUAUAUACUGGUGUGUGACUGGAUGAAUUGAAACUGGACCCUUUCAUGGACACUGACCCUGGGGCAUGGAGGGGGAGGCAAACUACAGAACCAGGAUUUUUUUUUUUAAAGGUGUUUAUUUCUUUUUUAACUCUAUUAAAUUGUAGGCCGUGGGGAUGUUAGGAAUAUAUAACAAUGUAUAUAGUUUUGUCCCUCAUGUCUUUGGUCAAUAAAAUGCAUAUGCUUUUACAGCUUAAACGUCGGGUUGCAGGCUUCUCGUUAAACAGCAGGAAAUAGACCCAGGGCUGUAUAUUCAUUUAAUGGUUUCUUUUUUACUCUUGAUCCAACUGAAGAAUGUGGUGCCAAAUAUGUGGUGUUCAUGCUGAAGGAAGAAUUCAACAGAAGAGACAGUACCACAAAAAAAGAAAGAUUGUUGAGCUCAAUGUUUUUCAUUGUUAUGCACUGUUGUGUACUAUGAGUGUCCAUCUAUGCUUUUCAUUUUUCACAGGCUUGUUUUCUUAAUUUAUGGACUUUAGCAGCAAAAGCAAGUGGACUGGGGCAGUUGGAGGGACACAAACCAUUGUCUGCUAAAUGUGCCUUGUUUUCCCACCCUCGACUCCUGUUUGCCAGCCGUUUAAUACAGAAAUAUAAUCAUUGGAUCAAUAAUUACAGUAAAUUAAUAGUUAUUUGGCAGUGUUUCCUUUUCUGUCAUUAUAUAACGCAAACACAGCUAGCCACCACAGUGCUGUAUAUAGAGUGCUGCAGGAAUGAGUCCUAGUACUGGAUAAAAGUCAGCAUUUCUGCA